AACGUCGUUACACUUCUACACUGUUGUCUCAGCUGACAGGUUGUCACUUCACCAGUUACCGUUACAGUACCAGUUCCCUCGGUUAGCUCAAUUCACCAUGUCUGUAGAAACAGGACUGUCGAAACACACUGCUAACGGAUUGAACAUAAACACCACUUACAAGAGCUGUAAACAUCUAGUUCAAAAGAUGAAGGAAGAGUCCAUUGAAGAGUCACGCCGGGUGUGGAUCAGAUCUACAGACAAGGCCACAACCACGCCCGUGAAAGGAAAUGUGGACGGAAUCAUCCCUCAGUGGCUGGAGGGGGACCUGUAUCGUGACGGUCCUGGAGUACUGAACAUCGGGGACACUUGGUACCAUCACAUAUUCGAUGGUAUGGCCGUCCUCCACAAGUUCUCCAUCAAAGGCGGAGAGACGACAUAUCGCUCACGUAUCCUGGAGAGCGACUCCUACAAGAAGAACUCGGCAGCGAACCGCAUUGUGGUGAACGAAUUCGGCACUAGGGCGUACCCGGACCCCUGCAAGACUAUUUUGCAGAAAUUUAUGAGUCGGUUUUCCCUCCCUGAUUUUGAAGAUACCACAGACAACUGCGCCGUCAAUGUCUGCUUCUUUGGAGACCAACUGUUUGCCAUGACCGAGACGAACAAGAUGCGGAGAGUCAGCCCAGACGACCUCAAGACCAUUGGCGAAAAGACAAACGUCACUAGGUACGUGGCGGUGAACAUGGCCACGGCUCACCCACACGUAGAUCCUGAUGGCACCGUAUAUAAUAUGGGUAACUCCUACACGAGUGCCAAGGGCCCCACCUAUAACAUUGUCAAGUUUCCCCCUAAGAAGACACUUCCCAAUGGUGAGGUACUGACACCCUUCGACCAGGCUUCAGUAGUAGCGUCUAUCCCGUGCCGCUGGAAGAUGAAGCCUUGUUACUACCACUCUUACUCUAUCACAGACAACUACUUCAUCUUGGUGGAGCAGCCGCUGGGCAUAUCUCUACCUAAGCUCCUUACUGGCCACUAUACAAAGAAGUCUUUCAUGCAGUCCAUGGAGUGGUUACCCAAAGAGAAGACUAGGUUCCGUGUGGUACGCCGUAGUGAUGGCGUUGUGGUGAAGACCGUGUACCAGGCCGACACCUUCUUCACCUUCCACGCCAUCAACGCCUACGAGGAGGACGGCCAUUUGAUCGUCGACCUCUGCUGCUUCGACGAUGGAAGUGUGGUGAAUCAGAUUUGGCUAGAGAACAUCGUGAACCCUACAGAGGCUUUCAACAAGUCUCUACAAGCCAUGCCACGUCGCUUCGUCGCCCUCGAUGUCUCGCAAGCAAGUGUGGACAGAAAUCUGGUGGCGCUGAGAGACACCAAAUGUCAAGCCUUCAAACUGAAUACCGGUGCUAUCCAAUGUGUGCCGGAGGAUCUGUCGCCUGCCUGGAUGGAGAUGCCCAGGAUCAACUACAGACUUAACGGCAAGAAGUAUCGGUACAUCUACGGUUUCAUCCCUACCGUGGGAAUCAACUGUGGCACUUUGUGUAAGGUGGACACCGAGAGUAAGGAGGUUCUCAGGUGGGAGGGGCCGGGCUUCCAGGUGUCAGAACCUAUCUUCGUCGAGCGUCCAGGUGCCACCGAGGAGGAUGACGGCGUUGUCCUCGCGUCUCUCAUCAACGAAAAAAUUAAUAUAUCUCUUCUCCCUGGACAGGUACGGUUGGUGGUUCUCGACGCCAAGACUUCAGCAGCUCGCUUUGGCGACCUUCAAGACACACGGAGUCGUCACCAAGGAGUUCCACGGCCUCUUCGCCAGAUCCCGUGACAACGUUCACCGGUACUGAGACCCAUGAGACUGCACACUCUAGUAUUCAUGAACAAUAAACAUUAUGAAGAUGGAGAAGUAGACCACCAGUAAAUAAGUACUGAGAAUGAAGAACCUUCCUCUAAUUUACUUGAAGACUACAAGAAUUAAAUAAAAAUACUGAUAUGAUACUUGAGCGAGGGAGUUCAUUAUGGAAGCCGUUAUGUAUAAAUGUUAGUGUUUCA